ACCUUCUGAUGAAAUCCUUUCUUCUAUUUUUUUAGUGUAGUUUUACUAUAAAAUAUUCUUUAAUAUAAUAUAUAUAAUAAAAUAAUAAAUCAGACUUCUGAAACAUGUAAUCAAGAUUCUCAUCUCUUUCCUCAUCCUGAGACCCCUGCGAAGACUACCACAUUAGGUGACACCGAGUGAGGAACAUUGCCACAAAGGCACCGGAAAUGUCCAACAGCAGCUCCAUCAGCCACUUCCUCCUGCUGGCACUGGCAGACACGUGGCAGCUGCAGCUCCUGCACUUCUGCCUCUUGCUGGGCAUCUCCCUGGCUGCCCUCCUGGGCAACGGCCUCAUCAUCAGCGCCGUAGCCUGCGGCCACCACCUGCACACACCCAUGUUCUUCUUCCUGCUCAACCUGGCCCUCGCUGACCUGGGCUCCAUCUGCACCACUGUCCCCAAAGCCAUGCACAAUUCACUCUGGGACACCAGGAACAUCUCCUACACAGGAUGUGCUGCUCAGCUCUUUUGCUUUCUUUCCUUCAUCUCAGCAGAAUAUUUCUUGCUCACCACCAUGUGCUACGACCGCUACGUGUCCAUCUGCAAACCCCUGCACCACGGGACCCUCCUGAGCAGCAGAGCUUGUGCCCACAUGGCAGCAGCUGCCUGGGCCAGUGGCUUUCUCAAUGCUCUGCUACACACAGCCAAUACAUUUUCUCUGCCCCUGUGCCAUGGCAAUGCCCUGGGCCAGUUCUUCUGUGAGGUGCCCCAAAUCCUCAAGCUCUCCUGCUCUUACUCCAGCCUCAAGGAACUUGGACCUAUUGUGUUCUCCAUCUCUUUAGCAUUUGGCUGUUUUGUGUUCAUUGUUUUCUUCUAUGUGCAGAUCUUCAGAGCUGUGCUGAGGAUCCCCUCUGAGCAGGGACGGCACAAAGCCUUUUCCACCUGCCUCCCUCACCUGGCUGUGGUCUCUCUGUUUAUCAGCACUGUUAUGUUUGCCUACCUGAAGCCCCCCUCAAUCUCCUCCCCAUCCCUGGAUGUGGCAGUGUCAGUUCUGUAUUCGGUAGUGUCCCCAGCCCUGAACCCCCUCAUCUACAGCCUGAGGAACCAGGAGCUCAAGGCAGCAGUCAAAGUACUUGUAAUAAAGUAUAUUUUGAUACUUUCUUUUGGGUUGCUUGG